AUAAUUUUGUUGGGCUGAUGGCGGCGGUGAUGUGCUCUCCGUUCGCCGCCGCCGCGCGCCGCGCGCCGUCGCAGCGGCGGCGGCGGGAGGGAGCCGCAGUUUUCGUUUGGUGGGGGGAAGGAGGAGAGGAGGAUAACGAGCGUGUCGAACCCGCUGGUGAAGCACUGUGUGAGGCUCCGCCUCAGCUCCUCCUACCGCCGCUCCUCCCCGUCCUUCUCCUCGUCGGCCUCACCCCCAUCUUGGAGAUACUCAGAUUCUGGAAAUUGAAGGACCGUGAGUCCUCUAUAGUGGAUUGUUUGUUUCUGUUAGAUGGUGGCGAGGCUUCUGGAGGACUCGAUGAUUAUUCAAAUUCUGUUGUGUACACAAAUCCUACUGUUAUGAAGAAACUUUCUGGAAUGCAAUCUGUUGACUCGACUGAAGCAAUUGCUGUUAUGAAGAUGCCUAAGAGCUUCUAUGACCUCGAAAGUGAUCGAGAAGAAAUGGCCUUUCUUAGCUCGUUCAAUUCUCCUUAUCGUAUCUUAGUCCUCGAUGGAAUUCAGGACCCUGGCAAUCUUGGCACAUUGAUACGAACAGCUUGUGCUUUCAAUUGGGAUGGCAUCUAUCUUCUUCCUGGUUGCUGUGAUCCUUUUAAUGAGAAAGCUCUUCGAGCAGCUCGUGGAGCCUCUUUUCAGCUCCCUAUUGUCUCUGGCAACUGGUCUCAUCUAAUGACUUUAAAAACCGAAUUUGAUAUGAAGAUGUUGGCAGGUCAUCCGGAAAAUAAUGAUGAUGGUUCUAAGAGUAUUUCCCUGCUAUCUCAAGAACUAGCAGAUACAUUUGCCGGUAAGCCUCUGUGCUUGGUUUUAGGCAGUGAGGGCAACGGCCUGUCCAAAGAAACCUUAGAAAACUGUGAUCUAGUCAGCAUUCCUAUGGAAGGUAUGUUCGAAUCGCUUAAUGUUUCAGUUGCCGGUGGCAUCUUCUUGUUUAUGUUACGGCCUGUACAUGAAAGAUAGUACAUUUAAUGAGUUUUGAAUUUCUCUUUCCAUAUCUUAAUUUGUUUAUAAAGGCCUACUGAUUAUAUGUUCUA